UUACAGUGGUUAAAUAUUGAUCCGCGCCCCUGUAAAACCAUUGUAAUUUAUAUUUUUAGAUUGAUUAUUUAUAUCAACCAAUCAGCACGCGUGUUUAUCUAUAAAGUUAUAUAUAUACAGGCGAUGGGGAAAACCAGCUUUCAUAGAAACGAGAGAUUUUCUUGUUACAGUUCAGCUGACAUUCGUAAUUAAAGGUAAAUAUGGAAUUUGGUGGAGAUCUCAUUUUUGUUGGCAAAACAGAGGAAGAUGAAAUCCCUGAGGAGGAUGAUAUCGAGGAACAGAUUGAGGAGUCAAGUCCUCAGAAUGGAGAUGAGGAGACAUGUUGCCUUGACAUUUUGGACACAGCCGGCCAGGAAGAGUAUUCCUCCGUGAGAGAUGCUUAUAUGAGAUCAGGAGAUGGGUUUUUCAUUGUGUACAGCAUCGUUGAGCGAGCUUCCUUUGAUGAAGCUGUCGCCAUUUUUAGCCUUGUUCAGAAUUUGGCUAACUCGGAAAACUCAGCUGCAAUUCUCUGUGGAAACAAAUGCGACUUGGAGGACCAGCGAGUGGUGACAUAUGAGGAGGGGCAGCAGGUGGCUGAUAAGCUGGGCAUUCCUUUCUGUGAGACAUCCGCAAAAACUGGCACCAGGGUCAAGGAAGCGUUUGAAAAACUGGUGUUAGAAAUUCCAACCCACAAAUCUACUCAAAAAAUAGUAAUGCUUGGAUCAGGCGCAGUGGGUAAAUCAGCUCUGACCAUCAGAUACGUUUCUGACCAGUUUGUUGAUAACUAUGAUCCAACCAUAGAGGAUUCUUACCGUAAAAUGAUAACAGUGAAAGGAAAGAAACGAGCAGCAGGAAAAGGAAUUCCAGGUGCAGGUAACUCGGGAAGUUUGAAUAGCUCUAGAAGACAAUCGAGAGUCCGGAGCUUCAUGUCGUCCCUGAGUGGAAUAUUUACCUGGGGAAGGUCACGGAGACAGAGGUCAACCACGACGGACGACUUACCUGUCCAACAACAGCAGCAGCAACAAAGGGGGAUCCCAAACAGGCGAGCCUCGGCUCCUCCCAGGAGGACUCAUGCUAAGAACUGUACCAAAACCAUCAAGUGCAAGAAAACAGACACCAAUGUUAUCUUGGUUUCCAUGAAAGACCUUGACCAGAUGGAUAACGUUGCUACUGGCGAUCCUGUGUACUGUGAUAAAUGCCAAGUCGUGCUGUCCUGUGUUUCAGAUACAAAGCAGGAUGGAGACAAAUUGCUCUGGAAAUGCGAGUUUUGUGGGCAUGAAAAUGUCUCCACUGAAGUAAGAGAAGAGGAAAUCCCCAAAGCAGACACCAUUGAUUAUGCCCUUUCAGCUCCGGAACCUCAAGAAGAACAAGUUGCCAUGGGAGCAGAAGCUGAGAAAACGAAGGCUACGAAACCAGCAACAACAGGAAGUGGAUAUGUUGUAUACUGUCUGGACAUUAGUGGAUCUAUGGGAGGCACCACUCAACUCCCAGAGUUACAGGCCGAGUGGAAGAGACAAAGAGAUGGAAUUCUUGCCUCUGGAGGUGACCAAGUGACAAGACUUCAGGCUAUACAAGAGGCCCUGAGAAGACAAAUUGAGCGUCUCCACCUAGAAAAUCCAGAGCGGCGAGUAAUUUUCAUCACGUUUGAGUCGGCAGUGGAAGUUUACGGGGACUGCACAAGUGACACCAUACAAGAAGUUCCUAGCAAUAUCCACAAUGAGUUUGAUCCACUACUCUCAUACGGCGAGAAAUAUUCAAGGGAGCACCACAUCAAACCUCUCAGCGAGUCUUAUGAUAAAAUGAAAACCAUAAUUGACAUGUUGAGGCCCAAAGGAUGUACAAGUCUUGGGCCCGCCCUCUCUGUUGCCAUGGGAAUUGUCAAUGGUUCAGUGGGAUCUGAAAUAGUCUUGUGCACUGAUGGGGCCCCCAAUGGGGGCAUAGGAAGCCUGAGCAGCUGUGGAGUUGAGUCAGGCAACCACUUCUAUAUAAAGGCAGGAGAAUAUGCCAAAGAGAAGAAUAUAACCAUCUCUAUCCUAGCCGUGGAAGGAGAGAGGACAGGACUAGAAAAGGUCAGCAAGUGUGCUGAGAUUUCUGGGGGAACCAUCAAUGUGCUCAACCCCUUGGAGAUAUCUCGCCAGCUUCGACUCAUCUCACAGAAUUACAUCAUUGCUACCUAUGUGACUAUUACACUCUUUCUCCAUCCUGAGCUGGAAGUUGAUGAUCCCAGGUUUCCAAAGGGAAGCAGUAAGAUAGUGAAGGAAAUCGGCAGUGCUACAAAAGAUACAGACAUGACGUUCGUGUAUAAAUUGAAAAAUCCUGGAAAAAAAUUGGACAUUGAAAAAAUACCAUUUCAAGUUCAGGUCUCUUAUACAUUAAAAGAUGGCAGAAAAAUGCUGAGAACUAUCAGCAAAUCUUUAUCAACCACAGAUAGCAGAGAGGCCAUGGAAGAGGCCAUGAAUGUAAGUGUUGUCGGAACGGCAGCAGUACAGAAAACCGCUUAUCUGGCCAGCAAAGGCGACCUAGAAAAUGCCCGCUCACACUUAUUAUCCAAUAAACUCAUGAUAUCCAAAGGCUCUCGAAAUCUUAAACAAAAGGAGGACAAAGUGGCCUUUAUGGAGGAGAGCAAAACAUUGUCUAGCGUCGUAAACAAGCUUCACAAGGAAAGGAAAGGCUCAAGUUUGAGGGCUUGUGGUUUUUCUGAUCUUGACACAACCGUUCUACAUCAGAAUCAGGCACAGUCAUCAAGCAAAUUAUAUGGAGCGUCUCGUAAGAUGGAGUUGAUGAAAAAACGCAUGGAAACAAACCAGGCAGUAUCUGCUGCCUAUUAUGGUAUUCAACAAAUGUAAUCAAUUUUGGCUCUGUUAUUUCGCCUGGCUGGUAUUAAAAUUGAUUGUAUACAAAGACUACUAGCUAAAGUGCAUUAUGACAGGUAAAAACUGUCUCCCCAACAUGUUAUUAAACCAAUAAUCGUACUUGUGCAUGAAUAUGGGAUAUGUAUUGUGAAUAUCAUUCAUUGUAUAGUAAAUGUAUUGAGCUUAAACAUUUCUUCUGAUUUGUCGCAACUGACACACAUGUAUAUAUUGCACAAGAACAUCAAAUACAUUACCGGUACAACUGUGUAUUACAUUGGGAAAACCAAACCCACAAACUAAUCACAUGUGAAAUUGUAAUUAAUACUUUAAGCUACAUCAUGUCAAACAAAAUGCUAGCCAUGACUCAGAUAUGGAAACUCUAACUGAAUACAUGUAUUGUCUUCUGUUUUCAGUACAUGUACCGUAAUUAUAUAAACUGACCUCAUUUCAUGGGUCAAAUAUAUUACUUAUAUUUUUUGGUGUCAAAGACUUGACACAUGAAACAUUUUUGGGAGUUGAUUUUAAUCAACUCUCCUAUGCACUUACUCGGGCAAAGCGAAAGUGAAACAGUGUUUGGACCAAAGCACAAAUCAAUACCGCAGACAACACUUAGUUCUUGAAAAUAAUCGAUAAAUUCGAUGUUGUAUAUUCUGAAGCAUUGUUUUUCAAGAAAACUUAAUACCAUGAAAAUAGUAAGAUUUUAAAUUGUACAAACAGUUAAGAUAUUUCAGUUUAGAUAUUAGAUAUAUAUAUAUUAAGUCGUAUGUAUUCCUACGCUAGAUCAAUGUUGUCUCGUUCAACCAGACGCUUGGCUGUCUCUGUUAAUAUCCGACAAAACAGAGUCUCUCUUGCUUGUCGGAAUUAAACGGAGACAGCCGAGCGUUUGGUUGAACAAGACAAGAGUUCAAUCUUGCCUGGAUCCAUACAUUUCGAUUACCGAUACUUCUUGUCAUGCAAAAUCACAUAUUUGAUUUUGAAUAAAUGAUAAUCGAUAAAAUCAACUCCCGUCAGUACUUCAGUACUUUGAUUAUGUUAUUUUGUUACUUAUUUAUUGCAUUUUAUGGACCAAAUACAUAGUUUGAUUCACAUAUUUUGUUUCAUUCUUAUAGACAUGAUAUACCAAUAAUGAAAUUUAAAUAUAGCUGCAGUUUUAUUUUAUUUUUAUUCAUAUCACCUCGAGUAAUAUUGUAUUAAUACUGUAUGCAGUAAUGUACAUGUAUCAAAUGACUUGACUUGACUGGACUUACAAGAUGUUAUUUUUUAAUACCAAUAACAAAAUAUUUUCAAAUGUCUUGUAGUAUCAAAUACCUGUGCCCUAUUACAUUGUACAUGUAUUUCUUGUAUAUUUUUAACUCGUCUUGACAGCUGUACAUUAUUUUUAUAUACUGUAUGCAAAAAUAGUGCUUUUAAAUUAUUUUAUGCUUUUACAUUUUAGUCCCGUUACCUGUAUUUUAUCUUCUUCUUUUUUAAAGCAUUCAUUUGGAAAUAUUUUCAGCCAGAUCAAUGCUUUUAGUGAUUACUGGUAAGUUUAUAUUUGUUACAAUACUGCAAACACAUUUGUUUUUAAUAUAGGUACAUGUAUACUGUUUAACAUUAACAAUAGAGUUAAUAAUGUGUUGGUUGUACAUGUUUAAAUAAAACAGUUGAAUUAUUUGUUUUGUUAC